AUGGCGACAUUUUUCAAAUAUCGAGAGGUCCGUGUCCCAUCAAAUUACGCCAUCGUUAGUUUGGCCACCGUCGACUUUCUAACUGGUGUGAUAGCCUCGCCGUAUAAUAUAGUCUCAGCAUAUUUGGUGUACAACGUCCCAGAGUUGAAUCGACUGUCCGAAGACAGGUAUUUUUGCCUUGUAAAAAUGUUCGUCUGCACCAUUUUGGUCGGCCUUUCAUUUUUGCACCAGCUGUUCAUUGCGAUUGAAAGGUACGUGAAAAUAUGCCAUUACACGACGCAUGUGAAAUACAUCACUCGUAAAAGACUAAUCCUAGCUCUCGUAUCUGUUUGGUUGUACGCCGUUGUCAUCAGUUCGCCGCCAAUGUUUGGUUGGAAUAGCUGGGAGCCGAACCUUGAGUGCCGAGGGUACAAAGUCCAGCCGGAUUACAGUCGCAGUAUUGUGGUGCCGCAUCUGCCCAUUUGUAUAUGCGUUGGAUCAGGACUGUAUAUUGCUAUUUUCCGAUUCUACCGGAACCAAAGAAGAAAGGUUAAACACUAUUCAAGCCCUGUAUUAAAAAAGCCAAAAAGUCGAGAUCAGAAGACGCAAGACAAAAGAACUUCGAUCGAUGAUAAAGGAUUUGAUAUGGAGCCCAUACCAGGACCAUCAAAUUAUAACACCCACGUUUCUCAGUCCAAUGCAGGUGUGACGCAUCUCUCUCAGAGUCAUGCUGUAGGGGACCAAGGCGAUUUCAACACCAAAAUAUCCGCAUCUGCUAAAAAUGACAAAGAGGGUGAAUCUAGCAUUAAUAAAAGUGAGCAUUGGAAAGGCAAGGGGCCAGGAAAGCAUUCUACGUCGAUUGUAAUGAAAACGGAGAAGCCCAAUUCAGCAGAGUUAGUAUUGGAUACAGCAGUCGCUUCAACAGCCGACUCACAUAUGACGUCAUUGUUGACACCAGUUGAACGCAGAUCUCUUGAGCUGACCCCCGCCAGAGCCAGUUCAACACCAGAUAGAAAGUUAAACGGUAGUUUGACGUUAUGUGCAAGAACGGAAGAGAAUACUACGUCAGAUCAUACAUCAUCGACAAAUAUGACGUCACCUCUAACCGCACUUUCAGAUCCAACGUCAGCACCACAGUGGAGGUCGUCCCUCAUCGCAACAUCAACACCAGAUGUGGCAUCAUCACACCAUGACCUCUGUCGUAAGCAUUCAGCUUCUACCAUGGCUUGGCAAACGACCCCAGAAAAAUUUACGACCGAAGUUGAGACGAAACGUCUUCGUUGUGCCUGGAAUUCGGGCAUUGCGCCAGUUGAGAUGGAACAACACAAGGUGGAACAACUAACACAACAGCUGCAAUCCCAGCCAGUCAAGGACAACUCUGAAAUCAAACUAGCAAUAAUGAUGGCCGUUGUUUUGAGUUUUGGGGACAAACCCUGA